CAGCUGCCUGGAUUCCCAGGCUGGGCAGCGCCAAUGCGCGCGUGUUUCAGAGGCUGAAUAGGGCGCGAGGGAAGAGGGCUGGAGGGUUGCGCGCGCAGGCUGGCAGGUGCCUUGUGGUUGGGGACGGGCGCGAAGUUGGAGCCAAACUCUGAAGCCGGCUGAGAGGCAAGCAGAAGGCAAGCCGAAGGAGCCAGGAGCGAGUGGCUCUGCCCGCCCCGCAGGAUUUAGAGGAGGAGAACGAGGAGGAGGAGGGACCAMAGCCUCCGGGGAAGGGAGCGAGGGAGAGGCAGCCUCGUCUCAGGACGGAGCCGCUCUGCUCCUCCGUUGCCUCGCUUCCCAGCAAAGUUUGGCCAGCCCGAGACUCCCUCUGCCACUCUCUCCCUCCUUGGGAUGGCACCAGGCGAGGGGCUUGGCUUCUGGGAAGGCUCCGGGGUCCUGCUAGAGACGCCUCCGCCUCCAGCCCUGGCGCAGGUAUGAAGCACCCCGUGAGUUCUGACCACAUCUUUAGAGAUGGAAUUAUGAAUCCAGCAAUAUUUUUGCGGAGCCUUGAGGAAAAAGGACUGAGGCAUGAUAGGCCAGACUAUCAAUCAAGUAAAGAGAAAAAGAAGAUAUUAUUUUCUUUUUGUGAUGUGUGCAAUAUCCAGUUGAACUCAGCAGCUCAAGCUCAGGUUCAUUACAAUGGAAAGUCUCACCUGAAAAGAAUAAAGCAGCUGAAUAAUGGAAAGCUACCCACAAACACAGCCACUGGCACUUUGUUUGCAAGCAACAGCACAGGCAGCACUUGCCAUACUACUACACUUCCUAUUGUCCGAACACCAACGCUGAUGAUGCAACCCUCUCUGGAUAUCAAACCAUUUAUGCCUUUCCCAAUGGAUGGCAGUUCUACUGUUGGACUCUUCCCAAAUUUUAACACGAUGGAUCCAGUGCAAAAAGCAGUUAUAAACCAUACAUUUGGCGUGUCACUCCCACCUAAGAAGAAACAAGUCAUUUCUUGUAACGUUUGUCAACUUCGCUUUAAUUCUGAUGCCGGGUGCAUGUACUGCCUGGAUGCGCAUUGCUUCGCCGUGAGGGGUGUCGGGGCCAGGAAGGAACCCCCUUGCCACUUCUCUUUCCAGACUGUCCCUUACUUUCACCUUCAACACCUGACAACCAUGCUGAGCCAAGCUGAGGCCCAUUACAAAGGAAGUAAACAUGCCAAGAAGGUCAAAGCGUUAGAAGCAACGAAAAAUAAACCAAAACCUGGUGCUUCCAAGGACAGCGCAAAGGCUAAUGUGAAUGGCUCUACUACUUCAGUCGUGACCAUCAUCACUGACAAAUCAGAAAGCAGGACAAACCUGAAAACAAAUGGUUCUAGCCAACUUCCCAAUACUGAAGUUGGCUCCUUUAUAUCCGAAUCCACAACUACAGCCGCCGUCGCCAUCACCACAGUGACACCAGCACUCUCCGCUCCUUCCAAUCGCACAAAUGGAAUGACAAAUGCCAUUUCUGAAUCAGAAGAGGAAAAAGCCAAAAAAUUGCUUUACUGCUCUUUAUGCAAAGUGGCUGUGAACUCCCUAUCACAGCUAGAAGCGCAUAACACAGGUACCAAGCACAAGACAAUGGUGGAAGCUCGGAAUGGUGCAGGUCCCAUUAAGUCUUAUCCUCGGCCUGGAUCCAGACUGAAGACCCAUGCCACUACUACAGGUUCAGGAUUGCAGAACAAAACAUUUCAUUGUGAAAUCUGUGAUGUGCAUGUCAAUUCCGAAAUUCAGCUGAAGCAGCACAUUUCCAGCAGAAGACACAAGGACAAGGUGGCAGGGAAGCCUACGAAACCGAAAUAUAGCCCUUAUAACAAACUACAGCGCAGCCCAAGUAUUCUAGCAGCUAAACUUGCAUUCCAAAAAGAUAUGAUUAAGCCUUUGGCUCCCGCUUUCCUUUCAUCUCCUCUUGCGGCUGCGGCUGCUGCAGUAUCCUCGACCUUGACUCUUCCAGGCCGCCCUUCAGCAGCUUUGUUCCAGGCCCCUGCGAUCCCCACGGCUCUCCUACGGGCAGGGCACGGCCCUCUCCGAGCCACCCCAGCAUCCAUCCUGUUCGCACCCUACUGAUGUUUGCUCCCAACAACAUGUUGACUAUGGCAAUUUGGAAGAGAAACAAAUGGAAAGCUUUCUGUCAUGCCUAGUUAUGGCCUAAAUAACGCAGGUUGUGGAAGUCUCCAUUGACGGGUAUGGGAAUUGAGGAUGUUGCCUUUUGGGUUUUUUCUAAAACAACAACAAUAGCAACUCAGACCAAUGGAAUGGACUAUGGAAAAUCAUUUGUGCACAAAAUAUAUGAAGGAGUCAUACAUUUCUCUCUCUUGUUUUUUUUUAAAAUGACACACAUGUCCUGCAUUGUAAACAACGAAUGUGGAAUACUUUCCUGUCUGACUUGAAAACCAGGAUCUUUGUCCUUUGCGUGGAUGUACCUAGGCCUCCAGAAACCAUCUGGACUGAUUCUGGUGUGCAACAAAGCUAGAUUCCUAAUAACAUCUCAAAAAUGGACGGCAGCUUCUGAUUUCCAGCGUGCUCCUUGCUAGGGACCGUGUCUUGUUUUAGGCCUCCGUACUAGUGUAUCUUGUGUAGUGCUCGAAAUUUCUCUCCCAUUUACUUUUAAACCAUUUUAGUUGCUGUGUAAAUGUUUGGAAACAAAGCAGCCUUGAAGCUUUUUUUUUCUUUUUAAAAAAUAAAUGUGUGUCUCUGUUAAUUUAACAUUUUCUUUAGAAAGAUGCAGAAUAAGAAAGCCAUAUAUCCAAUAGUGAAAAUUAUGACUCAUUUAAAACUGUUGUUUAACUUAUUUUUUCAUUGUUUCCCCUCUCCUGAUUCCCAAUAUUGUUGGACAGCUUGUUGCAAAAGAAAAGUGCUCUACCAUGUAUAUGUUUACCACACCUCGUGUUCAUUGUUUCUUGAGACAACAGGGCAGUGUAUUUAUUCAUAAAUAUAUAUAUUUUUGCCAUUUUAAAAUUUUCUUUCCUAUAUAAUGAUGCUGCAUACAGUUGUGGCUCCCCGAUGCAAUAAUGUAUAGGAGAUCAGAUAUUUAUAAAAUCAGUUGUCUCUUCUGCCGGAUUGAAGUGUUAUUGUUCCGGCUUUCUAUAUCUCCAGGUUUUCCCAAUUCCAAAUCUGGAUAUUGAAGAUAUAUUGUGUGCUGUUUGGAUCAAUGAGGGUACUCUCCAAAAACAUCUUUACCUGCAAUCUGUAAAAAAAUAAAAUAUAUGUGUAUUUUUUAAAUGCAAAUUUUUAAUAAAAUGCAAUGGAAAAUGG